UAUGGCUGAUGUUCCAAAAGAUGCUCCUGACCAUUGCCCUGGAACUCAAAGUGAAAAUGCUGGAAAAGUGUCUGCUUGCACAGGAUGUCCCAAUCAAAGUAUUUGCUCAUCAGGAGCUACAAAAUUGCCAGAUCCUGGAAUUGUGUUGGUGAAGGAAAGAUUGUCAUCAGUAGAAAAUAAAAUUUUAGUAUUGUCAGGCAAAGGAGGAGUAGGAAAAAGUACGGUCACCUCUCUUUUAUCUAGAGCCCUUGCUGCAGAUAAUCCUAACAGAAAUGUUGCUGUUCUAGAUAUAGAUAUAUGUGGGCCUUCACAACCAAGGGUAUUUGGAGCUAUUGGUGAACAGGUGCAUCAAAGUGCAUCUGGAUGGUCUCCAGUUUACAUAGAAGAUAACCUGUCACUAAUGUCAAUAGGAUUCCUUUUAAAUAGUUCAACAGAUGCAGUCAUUUGGAGAGGACCAAAAAAGAAUGGAAUGAUUAAACAGUUCCUAUCUGAAGUUGAUUGGGGUACUUUGGAUUAUUUAAUAUUAGACACUCCUCCAGGUACUUCAGAUGAACAUUUAUCAGCAGUGACAUAUUUGAAAGAUGCAAGAAUAACUGGAGCAAUUAUUGUUACAACACCUCAAGAAGUUUCUCUUUUAGAUGUUAGAAAAGAAAUAGACUUUUGUAAAAAAGUUAAUAUUCCCAUUCUUGGCGUCAUUGAAAAUAUGAGUAUUUUUAUAUGCCCAAAGUGCAAGAAUUCUGCAGAAAUAUUUCCAGCAUUGACUGGAGGAGCUAAGAAAAUGUCAACUGAUUUAAAUAUAGAAUUUUUAGGAUCAUUACCAUUAGAUCCAUUACUAGCAAGAUGCUGCGAUGAAGGAAAAAAUGUUUUAGUCGAAAUGCCUAAAUCACCAAUAGUAAUAGCUUUAAAUACGAUAGUACAAAAAAUCAUUCAGAAAUGUGAUUCAAAAGACUUAUAAAUCAAGGAUUUAUACAUAAAUAUUUUUAACUUUUGUAAGAAGAAUACAGUUCAAUGCUUUAUCUUCUUAAAUUAUAUAAAAACUGUGUAAAAAGAAUUGUUACUUUUAUUACUUAUCUAUUAUACAAGUUAUUUUAUUAAAUAAGU